AUGGUUAAUGAAACAUCUAAUGUAAACAAGUCUGGUAUGUUUAGAAUAAGAGCAUUUAAUACAUACCAUACUUGUCCUUUGAAGGAUAAAGUGUAUUCACAAAAACAUGCCACAAGCAUGCUGAUUGGAGGGAUCGUUAAACCAAAACUUGUUGAUCACAAGAGAAAAUAUACACCUUCUGAUAUUCGCAGUGAUGUAAAGAUAUAUUUGGGAGUUGAUGUAAAUUACUCGUUGGCUUGGAGGGCUAGAGAAAAGGCUCUAGUUUCAUUGAGGGGGACUGUAGUUGCAUCUUACAGCAAACUUCCAACAUAUUUGUAUAUGAUGAAUAUUACAUAUCCAGGCUCGCAUAUACGUCUAAAGAAAACAGAUAAAAAUGAGUUCUUGUAUGUUUUUGUUGCAUUGAAUAGUUUUAUACAAGGCUUUGAACAUUGCAGGCCUGUAAUUGUUGUGGAUGGAAGUCACCUAAGAGGACCGUAUAAUGGAACAUUUGUUGCUGCAAGUACAACGGACGGAGCAGUGUCAGAUAGAAAUAAAACUAUCAUAAAGGCAGUGACUCAAGUGUAUAGAAAUGUGCCACAUUAUGCUUGCAUGUGGCACUUGCGGGGUAAUGUAGAGAAGAAAUUUAGGAAGGCAUCCAAGGAGCUAAGUCCUGUGUAUUAUACAAUGGAAAAGACUUGCAGCAGAGUUGAGUUUGACAUUUUUGAACAAUUGUAUACUACUAGUAAUGUAUAA